AUGCUGCUGGAUGAGGAGGAAAUUCACUCCGAGGGCAGCCUUGUGGAUGGCCCCGAAGCAAGCCUGAUGGAACAGGACAGAACCAACCAUGUGGAGGGCAACAGACUAAGUCCAUUCUUGACACCAUCUCCUUCUCCCAUCUGCCAGACAGAACCUCUGGCUCUAAAGCUCCAGAAUGGAAGCCCGUUACCAGAGAGACCUUAUCCAGAAGUGAAUGGAGACACCAAGUGGCAAUCUUUCAAAAGUCACUAUGGAAUACCCCAUAUGAAGGGCAGCCAGAAGAGUCGUGUAAGCCCGGACUUUAUACAAGAAGGCAGAGGGUAUUCCAAGUGUUUGCAGAAUGGAGGGAUAAAACGCACGGUUAGUGAACCUUCUCUCUCUGGGCUCCAUCAGAACAAGAAGUUGAAACAAGACCAAAAGGCCAAUGGAGAAGGAGAGCACUUCGGGGAAAGCCAAGAAAGAAAUCAAGGCAAAGGCAGCAGUCAACCAAAUGUCUCCGACGUGAAUGACAAGAGAGAAUCUGUGAGCUCUGUGGCCCCAGAAGAUGCAGUUAAAGAUAUCACCAGUUUUUCAACACACAACUCAAGUGGGCCUGAAAAUGCAGAGCCUCAGAUUCUGAAUGAGCAGGAGGGCAAAGAUGCUAACUACCACGACAAGAACCUUGUAUUACUUCUUAAAAACAAGUCAGUGCUAAUGCCUAAUGGUGCUACAGUUUCUGCCUCUUCCAUGGAAAACACGCACGGUGAACUCCUGGAAAAAACACUGUCUCAAUAUUACCCAGAUUGUGUUUCCAUUGCGGUGCAGAACACAUCUCACAUACAUGCCAUUAACAGUCCGGCUACGAAUGAGUUGUCCUGUGAGAUCACUCACCCAUUGCAUACCUCAGGGCAGACCAAUUUCCCACAGACCUCGAACUCUGAGCUGCCUCCAGAGCCAGCUGCAGUCAUGACUGAGGCCUGUGACGCCGAUAAUGUCAGUAAACCAGCUGCAAUGCUAGGUACCUGUUCCUUUCCGAAACCAGAACAACAAAAGCCAGUUUUUGAGAUGUGCCCAUCUCCUGCAGAAAACGGUAACAUCCAAGGAACCACAAAGCUCAUAGCUGGUGAAGAAUUCUGUUCAGGUUCCAGCAGCAAUUUGCAGGCUCCUGGUGGCAGCUCUGAACGGUAUUUCAAGCAAAAUGAAACGAAUGGUGCUUACUGCAAGCAAACCUCAGUGUUCUCUAAGGAUUCCUUUUCUGCCACUGUCACACCACCACCAUCGAAAUUGCUUUUGUCUCCCCCUCUUCCUCUUCCAGAGGCUCCUCAGCUUCCUUCAGAAGGAAAAAGCACUCUGAGCGAUGGUGUUUUGGAAGAACACCAUCACUACCCCAACCAAAGUAACACAGCUCUUUUAAGGGAAGUGAAAAUAGAGGGUGAACUGGAGGCACCAUCAUCCCAGAGUCCUAAUCCACCUACACAUGUACCCAGCCCCUCUCUGACACUCCCAGAAAGGCUUCAGAACAAUUGUGCUAACGAGAAUGACGUACGGACUCCAGGGACAAUGGCGGUUCCAUUGUGUCCUGAAGAAGCAAGACAAAUACCAGAGCAGCCCAAGCAUAACCCACCCAUUCUUGGGAGCAGUGAAGUCCCACAGGACCACUGCCAGCCGCUGAUGGGGCACACAGAACAGGAGGUUCUGAAGGGUCAAGACAUGCGACAGACACUCGAUCAUGUGCUCCCAACACAGCCCCAACUGAAACCAGGAUGGAUUGAAUUGAAGGCCCCUCAGUUUCACCAAGCAGAAUCCCACCUAAACUAUAAAGGACCGCAGCGGUCAGUGCUUCAGUAUCAGUCCAACGCCUCCAAUCACAUGACCUCCACACCAUACACUGGAAAUUCCAACAUGCCCGGGGGGCUCCCAGGACAAGCUUGCACCCAGAAAAUGAUGCAGCCGGAGCAGAGGCCACAAAGGUACCAACUUGAGAUGAAUCACGGGCAUUCUCAAGGUACAGUGGACCAGCAUCUCCAGUUCCAAAAACCCUCACUCCAGGUGCACUUCUCCAACACAGACCCUUCCCCUGAAGCUCACAUGCAGUCGCCAUGCAUCCCUAGGUUUCAUUUUCAACAAAGACCAGACUCCGAAAAUACAAAACUCAUGCCCUCACCAUUAAAGCAGCACUUGAAUCAACAGGCUUCAGAGACCGAGCCGUUCUCAAACUCACACCUUUUGCCACAUACGUCUCAUAGUCAGGCAGCACCAACACAGACAUCCCAGAAUUCACAUCUUCCUCAAAACCAGCAGCAACAGCAAAACUCACACACGGAGAAUAAAGAACAAAUGCCUCAUCCUUUUUCUCAUCCCCAAGGCAACAGUGGUCAGCAAAGAGAAGGGCCGUUCUUUAGCCAGAUUAAAGUGGAAGAAUGCUUUCAUGGUGAAAAUCAGUAUUCAAAAUCAAGUGAGUUUCAGGCUCAUAAUGCCCCAAUGGGAUUGGAGCACAUGCAGAACAUGAACAGUAGAAAUUCCCCUUACGGUCAUAUCUUGAAGUCAAAUGCAAGCAAAGUACAGAUGUCUUGUUCAAACAACAUUCACCCAGCUUCAAAGAAUACAGAGCAGACUUUACAUCCUGAACACUUUUCUGGAAACAAGACCCAAACCUUGCAUCCCAUGCAAUAUUUUCCAAACAAUGUGAAUACGAAACAAGAUGGUCUUCACAGGUGCUUUCAAGAACCAGGACAGAAGCCUCAACAGGCCUCGGUUCUCCAGGGAUACAAGAAUAAAAACCAAGACUUGUCAGGCCAACAAGCCGCCCAGCUCGCUCAGCAAAGGUACUUGAUGCACAACCAAGCCAACGCUUUCGCCGUGCCUGAACCAGGAGGUCACGUUCAGACCCCUCCCCAGAAGGACAUUCAGAAGCACGCUGCUCUGAGGUGGCACCUCUUGCAGAAGCAGGAGCAGCAGCAAAGCCAGCAAGCUCAAACCGAGUCUUGCCACAGUCAGGCACACCGGCCAAUUAAGGUAGAACCCGGAUCCAAGCCCCAUGCCUGCAUGCACCCCAAGCCAGCACAGCCGGAAAACAAAAUGUGGAAAAAGAUAACUAAGCAAGAGAUUCCACCCCUGAGCUGUGACAACGUGCAGCAGAGGAGCAUUCUCGAGACCAUGGAGCAACACCUGAAGCAGUUUCAGGUCAAAUCGUUAUUUGACCAUAAGGCCCUUACUCUCAAGUCACAGAAGCAAGUGAAGGUUGAAAUGUCAGGGCCAGUCACCGUGUUAUCCAGGCACACCACGGCCGCAGAGCUCGAGAGCCACCCCCCAGGGUUAGAGCAGCAGGCAGCUCCUUCGGAAAAGACGCCCACCAAAAGAACAGCUGGCUCUGUUCUCAAUAAUUUUUUAGAGUCACCUUCCAAAUUACUAGAUACGCCUAUAAAAAAUCUAUUGGAUACACCUGUCAAGACUCAAUAUGAUUUCCCAUCAUGCAGAUGUGUAGAGCAAAUUAUUGAAAAAGAUGAAGGUCCUUUUUAUACCCAUCUAGGAGCAGGUCCUAAUGUGGCAGCUAUUAGAGAAAUCAUGGAAGAAAGGUUUGGACAGAAGGGUAAAGCUAUUAGGAUUGAAAGAGUCGUCUAUACUGGUAAAGAAGGCAAAAGUUCUCAGGGAUGUCCUAUUGCCAAAUGGGUGGUGCGCAGAAGCAGCAGUGAGGAGAAGCUACUGUGUCUGGUGCGGGAGCGAGCUGGCCACACCUGUGAGGCUGCGGUGAUUGUGAUUCUCAUCCUGGUGUGGGAAGGCAUCCCCCUGUCUCUGGCUGACAAACUCUACUCGGAGCUCACCGAGACGCUGCGGAAGUACGGCACGCUCACCAACCGGCGGUGUGCCCUGAAUGAAGAGAGAACCUGUGCCUGUCAAGGGCUGGAUCCAGACACCUGUGGUGCCUCUUUUUCUUUCGGUUGUUCCUGGAGCAUGUACUACAAUGGAUGUAAGUUUGCCAGAAGCAAGAUACCAAGAAAAUUUAAGCUGCUUGGGGAUGACCCAAAAGAGGAAGAAAAACUGGAGUCUCAUUUACAAAACCUGUCAACUCUUAUGGCCCCAACAUAUAAGAAACUUGCUCCUGAUGCAUAUAAUAAUCAAAUUGAAUAUGAACACCGAGCGCCAGAGUGCCGCCUGGGUCUGAAGGAAGGCCGUCCGUUCUCAGGGGUCACUGCGUGCUUGGACUUCUGUGCCCACGCCCAUAGAGACUUGCACAACAUGCACAACGGCAGCACCUUGGUAUGCACCCUCACAAGAGAAGACAAUCGAGAAAUCAGAGGCAAGCCUGAGGAUGAGCAGCUCCAUGUGCUGCCGCUCUACAAAGUGUCCGAUGUGGAUGAGUUUGGAAGUGCAGAAGCUCAGGAGGAGAAGAAACGAAAUGGUGCUAUUCAGGUGCUAAGUUCUUUUCGGCGGAAAGUCCGGAUGUUGGCAGAGCCAGUGAAGACGUGCCGACAGAGGAAACUAGAAGCCAAGAAAGCUGCGGCCGAAAAGCUUUUUUCUCUGGAGAACAGCGCACACAAGAAUGAAAAGGAUAAGCCAGCCCCAUCCCGCAUAAAGCAGACGGAAGGUGCAGCCCAGGCUAAACACUUGGCAGGACCAGUCAUGCAGCUGUCCCAGCAGCCCCAGCCCCCGCCCCAGCCCCAGCAACCACAGAAGCAGCCUCCACAGCCACAGAAGCAGCCGCCGCAGCCGCAGCCGCAGCCGCAGCCGCAGCCGCCCCAGCAGCCCCAGCAGCAGCCACCACAUCACCCCUUGACGAAUAACCAUCACUCAGAGACUGUCAACGCUUACUACCCUUCAGGACCCACCAACCUGUACAUGAGACGGCCCAAUCCAGUCAGUCCUUACUCCAGCUCCUCACACAAUUCGGAUAUUUAUGGGGGAGGUGUCAACUGUGUGAACUCCACCGCCUCCCAGACCGCGGGCUCCUAUCUGAGUUCUUCGAAUCUCAUGGGCCCCUACCCUGGGCUCCUCAACCAGAACAGCCAGUACCCAUCCUACCAGUGCAACGGGAACGUGUCCAUGGACAGCUGCUCCUCCUACCUGGGCUCUUACUCCCCCCAGUCCCAGCCCAUGGACCUCUACAGGUACCCCAACCAAGACCCUCUCUCCAAGCUGAACCUCCCGCCCAUCCACACCCUGUACCAGCCCAGGUUCGGGAAUAGCCCGAGCUUUACUUCCAAACCUCUGGGUUACGGAAACCAGAACAUGCAGGGGGACACCUUCGGCGGCGGCGGCGGCGGCUGCGCCCCGAGGCAACCGAGCGCGCGCCACGUGGGGACCCUGCCUCCGUACUCCACCACGCAUGAGAUGGAUGGCCUCUUCCUGGGGGCCGCCGCCAGGCUCCCCCCCAACCUGAGCAGCCACCCCAACGUAGACUACAAACACGGCGAGCAUCCGCCACCUUCUCAUCUGCUCCCUGCCUAUGGGGCGGCCCCGGGCAGCAUGUUCACCAGCUCCCUGCACGCCCUGCACCUGCAGAACAAGGAGAACGACCUGCUCCCCCACAGCGCUCACGGGCUCCCCAAGAUGAUGCUUCCGGUGCAGGUGCAUCCGGGCCUGAGCCACGACCGGACCCCCGCCGCCCAGCAGAGCUUGCACAGGCUGCAGGAGGAGAAGCCGCCCCCCGGGGCUGCGGAGGACAACAACGACGAGGUGUGGUCGGACAGCGAGCAGAGCUUCCUGGACCCGGACAUCGGCGGCGUGGCCGUGGCGCCGGCGCACGGCUCCAUCCUCAUCGAGUGCGCCAAGCGCGAGCUGCACGCCACCACCCCUUUGAAGAACCCCAACCGCAACCACCCCACCCGCAUCUCGCUCGUCUUCUACCAGCACAAGAGCAUGAACGAGCCCAAGCACGGCCUGGCGCUCUGGGAGGCCAAGAUGGCCGAGAAGGCCCGGGAGAAGGAGGAGGAGAGCGAGCGGCACGGCCCGGACCACGUGCCGCAGAAGGCGCACGGCAAGAAGGGCCGGCGCGAGCCCGCCGCCGAGCCGCACGAGCCCGCCGCCGAGCCCACCUACCUGCGCUUCAUCAGGUCCCUGGCCGAGCGGACCCUGUCGCUGACCACCGACUCCACCGUCACCACCUCCCCGUAUGCCUUCACCCGGGUCACAGGGCCUUACAACAGAUACAUGUGA